GUCUUCGUGGAUUGAUGUUGUCUGUCAUGAUGGCCUCCCUCAUGAGCUCCCUCACCUCCAUCUUCAAUAGUUCCAGCACUCUGUUCACCAUGGACAUCUACACCAAAAUCCGGAAGAAGGCAUCUGAGAAGGAGCUUAUGAUAGCCGGAAGGUUGUUCAUCCUGGUGUUAAUUGGUGUCAGCAUUGCCUGGGUCCCUGUUGUGCAGUCGGCUCAGAGUGGGCAGCUCUUUGACUAUAUCCAGUCCAUCACCAGUUACCUGGGGCCACCGAUCG